CAGCCCAUUAAGAAGCCUGGCUGAACAAUCACCUGCUAUUCAACGUCUCUACGACACGGACACUGUGAGGAAAGAACAAUGUCAGGACCGAGGCCCGUGGUGCUGAGCGGCCCCUCCGGAGCAGGGAAGAGCACUCUGAUGAAGAGGCUGAUGAAGGAACACGAAGGCGUCUUUGGAUUCAGCGUGUCACACACAACGAGAAACCCUCGACCAGGAGAGGAAGAUGGCAAAGGGCUGAACAGGCUCCCCAUGCUUCUGGGGGCUACUUUACUUCCCGUAGCAGACGUCUUUUCCUCUGAAGACUUAGAAAUGUCAACCUCAUUUUCGUGUCCAAACGAAUCAGAAACCACAGAUAAAGACUACCACUUUACAACGAGAGAGGCCAUGCAGGAGGGCAUUGAAAAGGGCGACUUCAUUGAGAAUGCUGAGUUUUCCGGCAACUUGUACGGAACAAGUAAAGCUGCCAUAGAAGAUGUGCAGGCCCAGAACCUCAUCUGCAUCCUAGAUGUGGACAUCCAGGGGGUGAACAGGAUUAAAGAGACUGACUUGAACCCCAUCUACAUCUCCAUCCAGCCUCCCUCUAUGGAGAUCCUGGAAAAGCGUCUGAGGGACAGGCAGACAGAGACAGAGGAGAGCUUACAGAAACGCCUGGAGGCAGCACGCAUUGAUAUGGAGCUCAGUAAGGAGCCAGGAGUGUUUGAUGUCAUUAUCAUCAACGAUGACUUAGAGCGCGCCUACGAGGAGCUGAAAGACAUCCUCAGUGAAGAAAUCCAAAAAGUUCAGGAGGCCAAAUCAUAAGAAGGAAAAGAAUCAACACUUGUGACUCUAGCCUGAAUAACUCCAUCUUCAUUGACAAUG